AUCUUUCUUCUUCAUAACUUCAAGACACUUCACUAAAUAAUCUAUAAUAAAAUGAAGAUGAUAAUUCACAUUUUUUUCAUCCUCUCCCUAGUUUCAUCAACCUCUUUUGCCUCUGUUCAAGACUUCUGUGUAGCUGAUCCAAAGGGUCCUCAAAGCCCAUCAGGAUACUCUUGCAAGAACCCUGACCAAGUCACCGAAAAUGACUUUGCAUUCUCCGGCCUCGCCAAAGCUGGAAACACUUCGAACCUCAUUAAAGCCGCAGUGACGCCAGCCUUUGCCCCUGCUUUCGCAGGCACCAAUGGUCUUGGAGUCUCAAUGGCUCGUCUUGACUUAGCCGGUGGUGGUGUCAUUCCUCUUCACACACAUCCUGGUGCGUCUGAGGUUCUUGUAGUCAUACAAGGAACCAUCUGCGCCGGGUUUAUUUCCUCUGCUAACAAAGUUUACUUGAAGACUCUCCAGAGAGGUGAUUCUAUGGUGUUUCCUCAAGGGCUUCUUCAUUUUCAGCUUAACUCUGGGAAAGGCCCUGCUUUGGCCUUUGUUGCCUUCGGAAGCUCAUCCCCAGGACUUCAGAUUCUACCUUUUGCUCUGUUUGCUAAUGAUUUGCCUUCAGAGCUCGUUGAAGCCACCACCUUUCUUAGUGAUGAAGAAGUUAAGAAGCUUAAGGGUGUGCUUGGAGGAACUGAUUAAGCUUAUCUUUCGUUUUUUUUCUAAGUUUUGUGUGUGUGUUUAUGCGCUUUUUAUUCAAGUUCGUUUAGCAUUUUAUUGCGUGUAAUUGUUCUAAGUGUUUCAUUUUCAUUGUCUCUAAGGCUUAAAUUUUAAUUAAGUAAUAAGCAUUGCAUUGCA